CUUAUGAUAAGUGUAUUCAUUCCUCCCCCCCCAUGCACCUAAUGCUGAAGUCAGUGUAAUUUUCAGGAAGCCCCCUUUCUGUCUCUCUCUCACACCCCACUUCAUUUUCCUCUCUUCCAGAGCUGUCCCCUAUUCUUCAAUGGUUCAGUCCAGACUCCUUCCUGUUGUAUUCAAGAGGAAAGAGGUAUCUUAGUCAAGUGUAAGGUUCCACCUGCAGGGCUUGGCAGACGGCUAUCAAUAUGAAGCCCAGUUCUGGCUCCAGACGGGGGAGAUUCCGAAUUGUUUAUGUGAACAGAUUUGGAAGCCACCGUUCUGGUACUGUGAUUCAUUAUGGCAGCGGCGGCAGCCUCCUGAGGCAUCAUGAGAAAGUGGCUCGGGCAGACACCCACUUCUGCCUUGUGGACAAGUCUCCCCCUACCAUUCCUGACAGGAAAGGUUCGGAGGGUGCGGCCAGUCUUUCACCUAGGGAAGGAACGAGCCCGUCCUUUAUCCCUGAAGCCCCUCCUAAGAGGGGAACUAAAGAGAUUGGAGGGUGUGGUAACCAGCCACGGAACCAAGGAGUUGAGACCAAGGGGUCCAAGACCAGAAAGGUUGCCAAAGCCAAGAAAGCCCCCAAAGUCAGGAAGGCUGUGACGGAGUCACCAUUAUCACUAAAGUGGAGCAGCAAGAUGGUAGCUGUAAACCCUACAGUCGCCAGCAGUCAGAAACAAAUUGGUGGCUGCCAAGAAACUCAAAGAGGUACAUUUGAAUUCCCUUCUUCCUUGGAAGAUGCUAAUAAUGUGAUCGGACAAAGAAAGAAAAAGUCUGCAGUGUGGCUUGGAGUUUGUAAAGUAAUUUCUAAAAUGGUAGAAGAAAAUGGACACUUUAGAAGCAGACUGAUGUCAUGUAGCCAACUUUCAAGUGAAGGCAAAGAUGUAAACUGGAAUGUACAAACUGAGAUUUCCUCAGCUGACAUUGCAGAUAAGGUGAAGCUUUUUCCUGCUGUGGAGGAUGAAGCCAUUUUUGGAUGGGUGUAGACAACAAAGCAACAAGUAAAUGAAGAUUUAAUUCAGGCUUUGCGUUAGAUUGUUUUUUAAUUCUAGUUGUUAUCUUUAACCUUGGAGGAGAACCAGAUUGUUGGUGUCAGAGGUGCUGUAGUACAAGCACUAUACAUAUUACGUGAAACAUAUUUCUUUUUUGUGUUUCUAAUCUAAUAAUUGUAAUGCAAGUUUGAUUUUGUUUAAGUGCUGAUUAAGCAAAUCAGCAUUGCACUUGUUACUAUUUGCUGUAGGUGCUCACAAAGGAAUACAAUGUAGUAUAAUUAUAACACAAUAACAUUAUUUUUAUGUUGCUUGUAUGUGUACUGUACUAAUUAGCUUUUCAGAAUAAAGGAUGGAUCUGUGAAAUAAA